AUGGCUGGCCUGCUCCACAUCACACUGAUAGCUCUACUGGCCGGCUGUGAUGCCUUUAAACUGGGUUCUUCCCAGCGUGUAAUCCCCCUCAGUUCCCCGGUGUCCGGUCUGUUCCAGGAUGAAGGCCCGGCCCCCCAGCCACGUUUCAUCCAGGAAUUAGUCAGAACCAAACGCAGCCACAUAGCCCAGGAGUUGGUGCGAGUCCAGCCUCAUCUGGUUCACGACAUGUCCUGGCCGGAGAUACACGAAACGUCUCGUACACAGACCAAGAUGGACACGGCUAACUCGUCUCAGUUGAACCCACCACUGUCCUCCGUUAGCCACGAUGUAGCCAGUACCCACAGAGCUGUGGAUGAAAACGUAGACGUGGAAGAUGAGAUGGAGCGUAUGGUUCAUCUCGCGGUCCCUCAGGAUUUGCAAAGAUACAGAGGACAGACCGACUCCACCGACCCAGAGACGGAGCUCCUCGGUGGGCCGGGAGCAGGCGACGCCUCCCUGGAGGCCUCCGGCUUCUACGGAACGGACACGGAGGAGAGAGACAGAGGAGAGGAAGGAGGGGAGGACCGAGAGAGAAGAGUGGGAGAGGACAGAGGGGAGGACGAGUGGGAUAGAGACACAGGGGAGGACCGAGAGAGGAGAGGACAGGAAGAAGAAGAAGAAGAAGAAGAAGAAGAGAGAGGAGGAGGAUUAGACGACCAGGAUCUUCAUGAGCUGGAUGCGUUGGAGGUCAACCACACAACGCCAGAUCUGGACGCUCUCAUCGGCUACAGUCCAUCUUUCCACCCGUCCAGCUCCAAGCAGCCCAGCAUCUCCUCCCCACCUGAGGAGCAUGAUUCUGGGCUACAGGAGCAUCGUGCGUCCCCGGUCCUGGAGGGAGCUCCUGUACAGAGGGAGCUGUGGGAGGCGGAGGGAGAUGAAGAUGGUCAUUCCAGCGGUUUCGAACUUAAUCACCCCUCCGUCACUAUAACCAGCACUACAACUACUGCUGCUUCUACUUCCACCGCCGCUGGAGACACUGAAGCUACCGCCACACCUGAGACUGACACAGGAACAGAUUUUGGGCUGCUGGGAAGUUAUACAAAAGGUGAGACAGAGGAUGAAGAGCGAAAGGAGGAGGAGGAAGAGGAAGAAACAGGUCUGCCACACAUAGGUGUAUUUACCCAGAAUCCUACAGUGCCAGAGAUCGGCAUUGCUCCCAGCAGACAGCCUCUGCAGCCCAGCGUUGAGGAAGAAGAGGAUCUGCAGCAGGGAGAGCACGAGUUAAAAGGUGAAGAUGAGGAGGAGGAGGAGAAGUGGAGAGACACUAAUGAAGAGGAAACAAGAAUCAGACACAUCAUCCCGCUCACCACAGAUCCUUCACCCACCGUCGGCUUCACAGACUCCUCUUGGGAUUGGCUGGAAAGGACCCCGGGCCUGAAGACACGGGGGUCAGAGGUCAUGAGUAACGUCAAAGAGGUCUUCUUACCGGACAGAGAUUUCGAUGAGCAGGCACUGCAGGUCGUGUGCGUCGACUGGAGUGAGCUGACUGGACGUGGAUAUGUCAUCCUCAACAUGACGCAAAACUUGAACUGUGAGGAGUUUCGUGUAGACCGAGGCGUACGACUGUUGAAGAUCAUGGAGCGAGUGUUCGCACGGAGAAUGAACAGCCCCGAGGGAUCGUGGGUACUCUACCUCAGCAAGCCUACACACCAACAACACCAGAUGCUGAUGAACGUGGCGUCUGAGCACGGAGUGAUCGCCACUAAGGAUGUGAUGGGCAUGCUGGGAGAGAUCAGGAAAUGUUUACCAGAGGUGGGCAUCCACAACUUCAGCGCGGCCAGUAACUGUCAGUCUCGGCCCAGUCAAACACGCAGCGACUACGGCAAAUUGUUCGUGGUCCUCGUGAUCAUCGGCUCCAUCUGCAUGGUCAUCAUCACAUCUGGAUUCAUAUACAUCUGCUGGCAGAGACGACUGCCCGCAACAAAGACUACGUUCCGCACAGAGGAGCUUCACUUUGUGGAGAACGGUUGCCAUGACAACCCCAUGCUGGACGUGACCAAUGACGGCCAGUCCGAGAUGCAGGAGAAAAAGCCGAGCACCAAUGGGCUCUCAGGGGUGAUAGAAGGAGGCGGGGAGAAGAGCACUCGCUGGCAGGUGUUUGUCAAUCAGGGAGCAACCGAGGAGGAUGAAGAGGAGCAGGACACACAUCUCUGA